CGUUCAAUAAAUUGCGAUCAAAGAAAUAUCAUUUAUCGUGCUUUUUUCGUACAUACAUUUUAUAGCGCGAGACGAAAUUAGAUGAAAAUCAGCUGUUUCGUACAAUAGAUUGUGAUACGUUUAAUUUUUAAGGAAUUUUUUAUGCAUAUUAUACAUAUAAUCGCACGAGUGACAGAAAUUAACCUAUAUUAAUUGAAGUUUAAUGUUAAAACAUUUCGAUUAAUUGUAAAUGACAUGAUAUCUUAUGACGAGACAAAAGUCGAAAUAGUUCCAAUAAAUGGAGAAAGAAUCGAAGGAAAGGAGGAGGAAACUGUUUUAUUUGUCGAACAGUUUGUGAAAGAUGUAUGCGAUUUUAGUUCCCAAUAUGGAAGUAAUAUCAGUAUUUCUUAUACGGCCUAUAAUAUCGCUGGGAAUCCCAGUAAAUUUCCGGACUACGGAGAUUUCCCGCAUGCUUUCGUUAUGAGAACGUACGGACAGUGGUGGAACAAAGCGCCUUCAAGACUGAUAGAUUAUAUGCCGCAGAAUAACGAGGAUGUCAUUAGUCAAGAUUAUAUAGAUCUAGAAUAUUAUCAAGAGGUAUAUCCGAUCAGAGUAUCGAUAUAUGAAACUUAUAACCCUGGAAGCGUAGUUGGAAUUUGGGCACAAAAUUCCGAGGGAAAAUGGUCACAAUUAUGGAGCGGAUUUCCUCAAAUUGUACCGCAUAAACCGAGGAUAUUCUCCCCGCGUUUGCAGCUGUGUAAUUUUAAAACAAAAAUGAUAAGGCUAGAAUUUAAUCACACGUUAUUAGAUUAUUAUACAGAGCUGGAUGCCGUGUUACUUAUCGGAACGUCCGAGCUAAUUGUACCUAAUAAUAAUUUGCAUAAUCAAAAUUUGAAUGAUCUGUCGCAACAACUGGGCUACCUUGAACACAGUAGCGACGAUGUUUACAAUCUGACACCGAAUUACUUGAAGGCAAAUCAGGAUUUGACGGUUCUUAAAAUGACACUAUCCAAGCACUGUAAACUUUUUAAGAGCAAGAUAAUAGAUAAUAUUUCCAAGGGCAAGCUGAUAUCUAAAAUAGGUCAACACUAUCAGUCUGUUCCUCCUAUAGAAGAAGCAUUCAAUAGUUUACAACAAUUUUUACAAGAAGAUUUUCCAAAACUUAUCAGAGAUAUUCAUUACUCGACGCCGAUAAGCGAACAUAGUAAUACUCUGGAGGAAAAGAUUUUAACAGAUUCUGAAAAUCAACCAUGCGGCAGUUUCUCUGCAUUUCCAGACGAAACAGUGCUAAAAAUUUUAAAAUAUUUAGAUUUACGAUCGUUAUGUUGUUUAUGCAGAGUAAACAGACAUUUUAAUAACAUUGCAAGAGAUGCUCUAUUGUAUACGAAUCUUAAUUUAAAACCUUAUUGGUACUGCUUAGAUACAUCGGCAUUGAAUUGUUUAGCACCUAGGUGUCAAUAUUUACAACAGUUAGAUCUUUCAUGGUGUGGUAAUUAUAAUAUGAUCAAACAUCAAGAUUUUAUAAAUUUUCUUCGCGCGUCCGGGGCUCUUUUGACACAUUUGAGAUUGAACUGUUGUCAAUUUGUAAACGACGCGAUUAUUCUUGAAAUUUCAAAAAUCUGUAAGAAUUUAAAAGAAUUGUGCUUACGGAACUGUAUGAGAGUAACGAACGAAGGAUUCUCAAAACUUAAAAACUUGGAAUUGCUCGAGCGCCUGGAACUUUACAGGACAAAUAUCGAAACAGCUACGUUAUGUUCUAUAUUGAAGAAAAACACUCAGAUGAGACACUUGAAUUUAGCAGGAAUGCAUGAUCGUUUAAAUAUAGAUGAAGUUGCGAUCAAAUUAGGAAAUUCUUGUCCAUAUUUAGAGAGCGUUGAUUUUUGGAAGGCUCAAACUUUAACACCGCACGGAGUUAGAGCAUUAUCCCGUUGUACCAAUCUUCGCGAAGUGGAUUUCGGAUGGUGUGGUGGAUUGGGUGCUCCUGGUAAUUCUUUACGAGCAUUACUAUCCUCGUGUCGAUAUCUGGAGAAAGUAUUUUUAGCAGCUCUUAGAGGAUUAACAGACCAUGACUUGGAACCACUUUUAUAUUGUCCACGAUUGCAACAAUUGGAUUUAAUGGGAGCUCGUUCCCUUACUCCCGCAAUAUAUUACAGAUGCCUAUUGUUUUGCCCGAAGUUGGAAAUGAUUGAUCUUAGUUUCUGCGAGGGUAUUAGUGAUUUUAUACAAGGAUGGCGUCAACAAUAUCCACAUGUCUCUAUUAAAAGAAGUUGUCAAGUAAUUAGCUCCGAUGAGCUAUGAGAAACAUUCCGUAAUAUUUAUUAGAUCGAGUUUUAUUAUUGUCGAUGGAAUUAACAUGGUUUUAGCACAGGAAGGUUUCUUUAGUGUCAUAAGUGAAUUGAUCUAGUUCUGCGUGGAUAUUAGAAUAUUUCAAGACUGCGAAUGUAAUUGUAUACAAUUAUAGUAAGUUCACAACUUACGCGAUUAAUUCAUUCUCGCAAUUCAUUGCGGGGAAAAAACAAAGAUUAAUCUUGUCCUAAGAAUAAUAUUUCUGUUUAAUGUUAAGCAGGAAAAAGAAAAGUUUAAUUAAUAUAUAAGUACUGACAUACAGACAUACCAGAUAUGUACAAGGAUACGUGUAUCGUGCAUUUGCGAAUCCGUGUAACUCGUGGACUUACUGUAUUAUGCGAAACAGGUAUACACAAGCGUGAUUUUUCGGUCGGAGGCUUCGCAAUUUAAUCAAACUGUCCAAUCAAACAUUGGUAGCGACAUCAAAGACUGAUCAAAGACUAUUGUCAGCUGUUUUCGGAGCGUCCAGUGAGAAGAUCACUUCGUAUAUG